UUUUAUAUAAAAAAAUGGCCUUUGAAGAAAAAACCCCAUUAAUCUCACAACAACAACAACAACAACCAGAACAACAACAACCACAAGUUCAACAACAACAAGUACAACAACCACAAUCAUUACAACACCCACAACUUGUUAUUCCACAAGCUAUUCAACAACCAUACCAACAACAACAAUUUUAUUACCCACAAUAUGUACAACCAACUAUUAUCUAUCAAAAUGGUGAACAAUAUGUAGCUCAAGCUCCACCACCAGGUUAUGUUUACCAAACAGUACCAGCUUACCAACCACCACCAAUCGUUGUAGAAAAGAAACGUUGUGAAUCACACAACCAAACUAAUAAAGAUACUACUGGUGCCGUUAUUAUUUUUAUUUUAGGUUUCUUUAUUUCAUGCAUCUGGUUAGCUGGUUGUAUGUACUUUAGAUCACCAAAUAAACUCGCUAGAGGUUUAGGUAUUUUAUCAGUCGUUUUCUUCUGUGUCGGUGUUAUUGUCGCCAUUAUUGUACUUUCAGUAGCAUUAGCUUCAUCACAACCAUAUCAAAAUUUCUCAAGCUCAAGUAGUUUUUUUUAUUAAAUAACUAAUACAGUAUAAUCAAAAAAUAUAAAUAACAAAGUGUAAUAUAGGAAAUUUUUUAAAAAAAUAUUUUUAAGAAAGAUAAUAAUAAUAAAAGAAAAAAAAAAAAGAAAAAAAGAAAAUCAUUUUUUAAAAAAUAACAGUUACACCAAAAAAGAUUAUAAACUUAUUUUAAUAAUUU